AUGCCGUUAUAUAUGGAACAUAUACUUGCUACAGAUCCUAAUCGACCCGCAGAUUCGGCAACUGAAUAUCGUACACGUUAUAUGUCACCACGUCGAGAAGACUAUACUCCACAUAUAGUUUUACCAAAAAUUAAUACAAAUCGACCACCAUCACGUAGUCGUUCAUUUCUUUCAUAUGAUGUUGAUCCAAAUUCAACAUCAUCAUCAUCUGAAUAUCGUCUACGUUUUCCUAAUCAUCAUCCAAAACGACCAUAUGUUUUUCAUGCUCAACCAAGUCAUGUUUUUGAUUUUGUUCCUAUGCCAGUUAAUUCAAAAAUUUCACCUCGAGGAGUAGAUCCAUCUCCAGCAUUUACAAAAGAUACUGAAUAUCAUGAACGUUUUCCAAAUUAUCGUUCAUAUGUACCAAUUCAAGAUUUAGUUCCACCACAUUUACCUUCUCAACCAAAUAUGCCAUCAGCCACACAAAUAAAAAAAGAUCGUAUGACACGUAGUCAAUAUUUUCAUGAACUUAUUACAGAUAGUGAUAAAUUUAAUGGUGGACAACGAUAUAUUGGUAAUAGUGAACAGCGUACUGCUUUUCAAUGGCCUAAUCAUCAACAACAACAAGAACAGUCAACAGCAUCUUAUUCAACAAUGAAUAUGUAUUAUCCAAUACCACCAAUUUAUCGACAAGUACUCAAUGCUUCGAAUUAA